AUGGGAGCGCAGUACGCCUACUUAGAACUGAAGGGCGUUUCCCGUCCUACCGUUUCUCUUGCCAUUCCUAGUAUUCUGUUUCUUUUUUUGGUUUUUGUGAUGCAGCCGCAAUUUACCCCUUCUGCAGGACUCCCCUCGAUCUCCCAGGCGAUGCCACGCGCCGAUGCUUCCGCCCUUCCUCCCCCGGCUGAAAUGUCAGAACCCGGCGUGGCACCGCCUGCCUUCAGCGCCGCCCCCGCUGCAAAGGUGCAGAUCGUCCCGUCGACAUCGCUAUCUUCGUCGAAACUCGCCGCCUUCGACCCUUCGCCAACACGACAGCCGAAUGCGGCUCCACUUUCUACUAGUGCUGCUGCCACCUCCGCUGCAGCAGCUGCAACAACGACCACCACGACCACCACCUUUGCGUCAAACAAGAACAGUGCGACGCAGCGCAAGGUAUCCAAGCUACUGGAUAUUACAACGAGCAGCGACAUUAAAGACCUGGCGAGCUACGUGGACGAGGUGCUGCCUGGGUACUUCUACAGCGUGGACGCCGACGGCAUCACCUCGUCGCCCAACAAAGACAAAGGAGACAGCGAGGCGGCAUCGACGAGUAGCAACACCGGCAGCCCCGGCACGAGAGGGGCAGCAGCAGCAAGUGGUAGUGGCUUUGGCAAGGCCAUCACCUCGGCGACGCUGCGCUCUGCGCUGGACCAUCGCGCCAUCGACAUGCACAAGAGCUUUCUCCACGAGUUUGCCGCCGUCUAUCAAAGCUACCAACGCGUUGCCGCGGAGGUGAACGCGCUGCAGGAGAAGUGCACAGGGCUGGAGAACGCCCUGUCCACCUCCACCGGCGGCUCGGCGAGCGCUGCGGAGGACUUCUUCUACCAAAUCCACAUGCACCAAGUGGAGCUGCAGCUGCUGCAGCAUCACGAGAAGGAGGUCGACGACUUCCGCAAACAGCACCACUUUGGCCCGGCUGAGCAGCAGGUGCUGGAUGAGGGUCCGGUGGAUAUGAACUUCCUCAACGUGCUCGAGCGCGCUCGCGAGGUGCACCGGCGCAGCAGCGAGCUUAUGCAGUCCCAGGAAUACCACCAAGGCGCGGCGGCCGUGAUGGAGUCGACGUACACGGCGGUGGCGCGGGCAACGGAGAAAAUUGCGCGGCAUCUGCUGGCCACCGCUGGCACCACGGCGGCCGGACGGGGAGAUGCGGGUGCGGGGGCGACGACCGGCGGCGUCGGCGCCAUUGCGGCGGACGUGCCCGAAGUCACGGGCUUUCAGCUUCGUUGUGUGCGUCUCUUGUACGAGGAGAGCCCGCUGCUGCACGAGAAGUUUCUGGACGAGGUGGCGCGGCUGCGACGUGCGUCAGUGCUGCGGCGCUACUUCCACCUCCUCACGACCGGCUCCGCCAACACGUCCAGUGGGAUGUACCAGUCCGGUGGGCAGCCGCGAGUGGACGCAGGCGGCGCGACGACGGGGGACGUCGCUGAGGCUGGCAUGGGCGCCCGUCCCCUCGAAGCGGAGCUGAACAACCCGACGUACUUUUUUAGCUCGCUGUGCGCCUGGCUGCAUCAGACAAUCGUCGAGGAGCAGGACUUUCUCCACACCUUCUUCAUGAACGACGAGGCAGAGGCACAGACGGGUCGUCGAGGGAGCGGACAAGGCGCGAACGCAGAAGCCAACGCGCCAGUUUCGGUGCUGAUUGACGCCGACCGCGUAGAGCAGGAUGUGGCACGCCAGCAGGUGCUUCUCGACAGCGUCUUCGGUGGUGUAUGCAAGCACAUCCAGGCGGCGCUGGACAACGUGCUGACCCGUCUCGGGCGUUCUGCGUCUGCGUUGGGGGUAGCCAGGUGCGAAGGCCAGAACGGGCCGGGUGACGCGGGAGAGGAUGGCGUGGCGGAGAACCGUGCGCCGGCGCCGCACAAAGGUCCGCGUGGACUGACCGGCGGCUUAACGCGCCUCUUCAUGGCCGCCACCGGUCGCACUCCACUCGGACCAUUUCGCCGUAAAGGUAGCGACGAGUCCAACGCCGUGCUUCAGCGCUACGCCACCGUCACAACCCGCGCCCAACUGGAGGCCGUUGCGUCGUCGGUGCUGCACGCCCCGCUGAACGGCGUGCAGACCUGCGUCGCACUCGUGCAGCUCUUUGAGUACUACAGCGUCACAACGCUUACGCCGUUGCUGGGGGAGGAGGCAGCCCUGACCCGGCUGAUCCGCGAAACCGCACCGCAGCAGACGCGCGAUGUUUUCCAGCGCCUGCUGCGGGUGCUGGCGGCGCACCUGCUCGACAGCACGGUGGGCGUGAUUCACUACACGGCGACGCUGCGCCGACUGGCUUCGUCGAGUGCGCUGAACAGCACCGCGGCGGGGUCAGAGGGGGAGGCGUCGUCUGCGCAACAGGGUUCUGCCUCCUCUUCCAUGAGCAUCCUGCGCUUUUUGACGUCGAUGACGUACGGCGAAGACGCAGAAGGUGUGUCCAACUUGUCCGUCAGUGGACCAACGAACGACUCGAGAAGCGACUUCUCCGCCUCCGUCUCCUCCGCCACGAAUACGAAGUUCCGCCAAGCCAGCGACAAGCAGCUGCAGCGGCACAGCGCGCAGGACUUAAUGCGGGUGCUCGUGCAGCUGGUGCUGCCACCGUCUCCCGAAGUGGCCGCCUACUGCAGUGUGCUGCGUGCUGUUCUUCGCGACACGGCCCGACAGGCCGACUUGCUUCACGCCAUAUCCGUUCAACAGCAGCGGCAGAACGUGACGGGUGCGGCGGAGGCUGCUGCAUCAUCGGCGGCCACAAAUGGGAGUGCUGCGUGCGGUAGUGCAGGAAGUGCUUCCCACCUUCGCACGGAGGUGGCGGGCUUUGUGCGCGAGCUCUUGAACGCGUUGUGGAGGGCGGCGCAGUAUGUGCAGGAGGACGGGACAUUGCGUGCCCACCUCGACGAUCCCUGUCGUGCUAUUCUGCAGUACAACGUCCUGUACCAGCUGCUGGAGAUCAUGGAACAGCACAGCGACGUUCUUGAGCUGCUGUGUGGCUCGGCCGAUGCGGACAUAGCGACAGCGAGUGGCGAGACGGCAGAGAACGGGGACACGCGGUACGAGUUCGAUACACUGCGAGCAGAGGUCGGCGCUGCCAUGAACGCGCUGCGUCGCCGGCUGCUGCUGCAGUGGGAGGACGCUGUUGCCUGGUUUUACUUCCCGCUGUCCACCGAGACUGUGGUGGCCUCAGUGCUUGCUGCCAACACUACCGCCGGCGCAGAGGCGCCAGGGGAGUCGGAAGCAGAGGAGCAUCGGCGCAUCGUGCCGAAGAAAGACGUGCGACGAGCGCUGAAGCAAGUCGUGAACGUGUACAACACGAUUGCGUCGAAGGGGCAUCUGCCCGAGCCGGUCCCGCUGCUGCCGGCGCUGUGCGGGAAUGAGAAGGUGCGGAAGGAGGUGAGUGCGGAAGUCACCAAAAGCGUAGUCGAGCGCGUCUACCCGGCGCAGUUCCGCGCACUGCAGAAACUGCCGCCGAGCGAGGAACUGGCCGCGGUGCAGGAGGAGAUGUCGCCGCAGAACCUGGCCAUUUUGGUGGACUUCGGUUCCUCAUCCGCAUCCGCACCGUUGACGUGA